GCUGGGUGCGUGUCAGAUAAUCACAUUGAGGGAACAGAAGCUUUCUCUGCCCCAGGAAUUAAUCAAAACAACAUUAUCACUAAAGUGCGCACGGUACGGGAGGCACAUGGGUAAUGCACAGGCGGGGCUGCGAGAAACGGAAACGGAAAGAAUGACGCACAAUGACGUCUCCAUCAGACGUCACUGGCAGUGCUCCAAUCCAGCAUUAAAGUAUGUGACAGUUAUGUGGGUGACGUACAGGAGGAGGAGAAUUUUCCCCCUUCACCCCCUCUGGACUCUGGUCAGGACCUCAGAGCAGAGGAAGCUCAGUCAGGAAAAAAGUGACGAAGAUGAAGAAGCUUGUGGUGUUCUUGCUCUGCCUGGUCCUGCUGGCCAUCUACACAGAUGCCAAUCCUAUCAUCAAGGAGAGCGUCGCUAAGCAGCUGCUCCGCACCAAGAGGCAGGAUCGACCAGUGAAGCCCGGCCACCCUGAUGAGCCAAUGAGGGAGCACCUGCUCCACAUGCAGGUUCUGGACCAGAGGGCCCAGGAGACCAACCUGGAGCACUGGCUGAACCCCCACUGCUACCCUCGCUGUGACAGGAACUAUGGAUACCCUGUCUGAUGAUGGCGAUGAUUGAGUAAAGGCCCAGGAGAGACAGAGUGGACUCAACAGUGGCAGCAAUGAAAAACUCCUCUCUCUCUCCUUUUCCAAAAAUAUGACUAUGUGAAGAUAAUAAACAGUGCAUAUAAUCUCUCUGUAUCCCAGCUGUGUAGUUUAAUGUUAUCAGUAGCUUCUACAUUUAUUUUCUUAAUUGUGUAUCAUGUAUCAUCACAAUAAAAUAUACAAAUACAAAUAAAUGCAUGAGUGCCUAAGGGUAAAAAA